UUACAACAAAAACAACAUCAUGAAGCUUUGGUAUCAGCCAAUGAUGACAUUAAUUUGGUGGUAUUACCCUCCAAAUCCUAUAUAACACAACCCACCACUCCAUCCACCAAACAAACCAAACGUUCAGGACAAACAGCGGAAUUAAAACAAAGGAAACCACUAAAGGAGAUACGAAAUCGUACUUUGGAAACGGAAAGAUCUUCAAAACUACAGGCAGAAGCGGAUCAUUUACCCCAGUCUUCAGGUCACAUACCCUAUCGCAUAGGUCGUCCUCAUUUACCACCAUCGGCUGGAGAUUAUGACAGUACCGGUUCGGGUUCACCCACCUCAACGGGCAGUGCUGCCUACCAUGCUGGCCCACCCUAUGAACCUGAGAAAUAUCAUGCCGAAUACUGGGAACGUGAUUAUGAUAAACAUUUCGGUUACAAUAAUACAAGGGUGAAACAUAUUGAAGCCGAAUGUCAAGAUGACUAUAUGAAAAUUCGUAUUGGAUUUAAUGGAUCCUUCAGUGGUUUGGUUUAUUCGGCUGGCUAUGCCUACGAUCCAGAUUGUAUGUACAUCAAUGGCUCGGGUAGAGAUUACUAUGAAUUCUAUAUACAAUUGAAUCGUUGUGGUACACUGGGGAAGAAUGCCCUACACGAUGAUAAUCGGAAAAAUCCAACUAACUUCAUGUGGAAUACCGUGACCGUACAAUACAAUCCCCUAAUCGAAGAGGAAUACGAUGAACAUUUCAAAGUGACCUGCGAGUAUGGCUAUGAUUUUUGGAAAACGGUGACCUUUCCCUUUUUGGAUGUGGAGGUGGCUACCGGAAAUCCUGUCGUCUUUACACUGAGUCCCCCGGAAUGUUAUAUGGAAAUACAGAAUGGCUAUGGCAUUGGUGGUCCAAGGGUAACGGGUCCUGUUCGUGUUGGAGAUCCAUUGACAUUGAUUAUUUAUAUGAGAAGCAAAUAUGAUGGUUUUGAUAUUGUGGUCAAUGAUUGUUUUGCCCAUAACGGUGCCAAUAAACGAAUACAACUGAUCGAUCAAUAUGGCUGCCCGGUAGAUGAUAAACUCAUAUCACGCUUUCGUGGUUCUUGGUCGGAUUCGGGAGUUUUUGAAACCCAGGUUUAUGCCUAUAUGAAAACAUUCCGUUUCACGGGUUCACCAGCUUUGUAUAUUGAGUGUGAUGUCCGAAUGUGUCAUGGCCGGUGUCCGAGCCAACCCUGCCACUGGCGUAAUUUGAAAGCCGUCACCAAACGUGAUGUCUCCAAUAUAACACUUGAGACCUCUGUAACCGAUCAAAUUCCCAAUGACCUUCUAAUGGAUGCCACGGAAAAACCAGAAACCUCUCUAUCGGAAAAUGUUAAUCUAUUUCAAUCGUUACGUGUCCUACAAGAAGGUGAAGCCGACGACGAUGGUCUUUACAGCAGCAGCAGUGCUAGACGUUUUGAGGCGAACAGCAAUCAAACGUGUCUCAAAACGAGUACCUUCUCAGCCAUGACAGCAACAUUUUCGGUUAUGCUGUGCAUUUUAUCAGCUUCCCUUAUGAUUGCCUGUUCUCGUUUGAAACAGAGAAAGAAACAAUCGUCGCUGUACGAUUCCUAUGUUACCCAUAAGGGACAAAUUGAUUGAUUGACCG